AUGGGUCGAGCCGAGCUCCCUCUUCCCCGUAUAAACGGCGCCAUCUCCACGGGCAACACCGCCACCACCACCGCCAAAAACAACAACAACAAUCUCUCGUUGCCCACUCUCGUUUCCUCGUCGUCCUCUGCGUCGUCGUUGUCCUCCUCCUCCUUUCCUCCCGCCACCGCGCACCGAAAGCUGCGAUCCGCCCGCGGGCCGCCGCCGUCGCCGCCGCCGCCGCCGUCUCGACCUCACCGCCCGCACCUCGUCGAGGGCAACGCCAUGAUGCGCGACAUCGACCGCCCGCCGCCCGGCGACCCGCUGCCAGCGGCGACGACGACGACAGCCGCGGGGUCGGGCCGCCGGAAGAAGCCCCCCGUCCACCCCGACCUCGCCAGGAAGCGCAGCGCCUACUUCGAGACCGAGUUCGCCGCGGCGAACCGCGAGCCGGACCCGGCCCGCACGCGCGUCCAGAACGAGGCCAUCGUAGUAGCCGAUCUGCGGACGAACGUGAUUACCGGGCCGAGCCGGGGCCGGGCGGCGCGCGCGCAGAUCAAGGACGAGUUCUCGUUCAUCACGGACCUGUCGUACCAGCUGUCGAACCGGUACCAGCGGCCGAUGUCGUCGGUCGCGGUGGAGCUGAGCCACGGGCGCUGCCUGCUGUUCGGCGGCACCUUCGACCCGGCCUACACGCUGACCAUCCGCGCCCUGCCCGCGCUCGUCCAGCCCGCCACCAACCGCCGCAACGCCGCCCUCCUCCAGCGCCACGUCCACGACGCCCUCGGCGUGCCCCCCGCCCGCGGCUACCUCCGCUUCGUCCCCACCCCCGAGCACGCCGUCGCCGUCGGCGGCACCACCGUCGCCGCCCAGAUCGACGCCGCCGCCGCCGGCCCCCCCGACCCCCCGCUGCCUGCUGCCGCCGCAGCUGCUAAGGCCGCCCGCAAGGCCACCCGCAAGCUCAGCAUCAAGUCCUUGACCGGCUUCCGGUCCGCCUCGAUGCUGGACCUCGCGCGCGGGGCGACGACGACGACGCCGCCGCACAGCGCGUCGGACGGGAGCGCCGGCGCGCCCAUCGCGACGAUCCCCGAGGUGCCGCCGACGCCGCCGGCCGACUCGGACGCGGACGAGCGCGAGCGCGGCGACCGCCUCGGCGACCUCGCCGCCCCGCCGCCCGAGAAGGCGCCCGCGUCGCCGCCGCCGCCCAAGACCGCGCCGCGCCGCCGUAGCCUGCGGUUCGGCCUGUUCGGCGGCCGCGCGACCCCGGGCCCCGAGGAGAGGAGGCGCGCCGGGCGUGAGCGGUGA